GUGUGGGAGGUAUGUAUACAUACUAUAUUAUCCAUUUAUCGGGGGUGAAGGAGGGUGUUUUGCUGAUGGAGAUGGCUGGAUGAGUAGAUGCACACGAUCAAGAAAGCAAUGCGAGUUUUUCGAGACCCCGAAGGAUCCUGCGGUGCAGAGAUUAGAAAACGUGGAAAGGGAGGUACAGCGUCUCCGGACACAGCUGGAUGAGAUACAUGCGCUUUUGCGGCUUCGUGCACGGUCUGAUCCUGGAGCUAGUAUGAUGCCUCAGACCCCGCUCCAGGGACAGUUGGUUCAGAAGAUGUCCUUUCCCUCGUCGAGUCAGGGUGUGUCGGAUCCGGGGAUGAUGUUUGGUACUGGGGAUUAUCAUACUCGGGGGGCUACGUAUAAUUCGGCUCAGAGGAUUGAUGUGAUGCCUCAGCUGGAGGCUGCUGAGGUGGAUGUGGAUGUGGAAGUGAACCUGGAGGCUGCUCGACCUGGAAAACGGAGCCGGUCUGGAUUUGAGAUCAGGGAGGAGCCGAUCUCGAACUUCAUCACUAAGGGGCUAAUGACGGUUGAUCAGGCGAUGGGAUGCUUUCGAACGUUCUUCCAGGGCUGUGAUAGGUAUAUCCCGGUUUUCGACCCAGAGCUGGACACGUUUGCGUCUGUGCGUGCUCGAAGUAGCAUUCUGCUCAAUGCUAUUUGCACGAUUGGUAGUCGUGUUGAAACAACGUCUGGAUCCCAGAUACCUGAUCUCUUGCACGCCGAGCUCAAGCGAUGGAUCAAUGUCGUUAUCCAGAACAAGACCCUGAGCUGUUUGGAGUCCGUGCAGACGUUACUCAUCGUAGCCUGCUACUCUCCCGAGCGCUCCCUGAUCUUGUCAUUCGCGACGCGAAUGGCGCUGGAUCUGGGCCUGGACGAGGCCUUUGAAGAGCUCAUCCAGCGAUUGACCAUGCGAGAGAUCGAAGGGUUGCCUGACAUGUCUAGGACAGUGGACGAGGAGCGUUACCUGAUGCGAAAAUCCAGGACCUGGUUUGGGCUUUUAGUCCUCGAUCAUAUAUUCCACGUCGAUGGUGGAAAACCGCCUGGGAUCCGGAUGACAGGAAAUGCACAUCGAUGCCGCAUUCUGCUCCGACAUUGCACUUCCACGGUUCUGGAUCUCCGUCUGUUUUCUCAAGUCGAGCUGAACGUCAUUCGAGCAAGGAUCAACGACACACUCGAUGCGAAGAAGACCCUCAAUAGACCCGACAUUGCCGAAUUCGUACACGAGGCCAAGGUAGACCUUGGGCUCUGGUUUGACGACUGGCUACGCAUAAUCGAAAACACUUCCUCAGCCGAACAAGAGCGCCCCUUCCUCCUCGCCGCCCUGCGCGUCCAGAAAUGCUGGGCCGAGCUAAUCCUCCACUGCAAAGCGCUGCGCUCUAUGGGCGUCGAGAACGUCGCCGCCAUGUCCCCCACCUCACGCACGAUCCUCCAAAUCGCCAAAUCCAGCGCCCGGCAACACCUCCGCCUAAUCAGCCUGGAACCCGACUUCUACCUCGCCAAACUCAAAUACGCCAUGGACUUCGUCUGGGCCAAAUGCGCCUUCUGCUUCCUCCUCCUCCUGAAACUCUCGCGUCUGCUCCCGGAGCGAAAAGAAGAGCACCAGGAACUCCUCGACCAUGGUACCAGGCUUCUCUCAGAUUUAACCAAGGCUGUGGGGGAUCAGCCGUCUCCGUCGACCUCGACCUCUACCUCUACCUCUAAUGUAACUUCUACCUCAGCUGCCACCGGCACCACAAACACCAACAGCAGCACUACCACCAACCCAUCCCUCAGUGACCUCACCACUCCAGCAAGAAACAUCUACAUCCAAAUCCUACGCCUCAGCAUCGAGAAAUACAGCCGAACCCGACAGGACAGAGACGUCGAAACAGAAACCGAGGGCCAGAAUCAGCCGCCCUUAUCCUCAUCCUUAUCCUCAUUCCCAUCCCCAUCCACAACACAAACACAAACACCAUUCUGGGAGCUGUUCGACGCACAGAUAGAUUUGCAAUCAUUCGUACCGGACCAGUUUGUCCGCGAGUGGGACUUCCCCGGGCUGAAUCUGUUUUAUUUCCCGACGGCGUGGCAGGAUUUCUUUGGGGAUUUUUCGUUGGCGGGUUAGUUGGGAUUGAGGUGCUUGCAUAUUACUAUUUGUAAUGUAUGUAUGUAUGUUUAUUUGGUUGGUUGGUUACUUUAAAUUCUGGGGAGGGGUCAGUAUUAGUUGCUUGGUUGGAUCAUUC